AUGAAUGGUUGCUGUUCUGACAAAAAAUGGAGGCAUCUUUUAAAUCUUGUUAGGAAAUACAAAAUUGAUUGUAUUUGCUUGUUAGAGACUAUGGUUGAUGAAGAUACUGUUAAGAAAUUCAUUCACCACUUUCCUUAUGACUCUUGGAACAUCAUUCCUGCUGUGGGAAAGUUGGGUGGUCUAGCUUUUGGUUAUUUUGGUAAAUCUUCAAUUGAAGUUUUAGGUUGCUCCCUUAAUAUGGUUCAUAUUCUUUGUGAUAUUACGCCUGUGAUUAAGAAUUGUGUUGUCUCUUUCAUAUAUGGUUCAACUAACUUAGCCGGUAUGAAGAAUCAAUGGAAUUUUCUUAGUGAAAUGUGUGAUAAUAAUAAAAAUCCUUGGAUGCUUGUGGGAGACUUUAACUUCAUUUUGCAUGCCUCUGAAAAGCAAGGUGGUAACCCGGAAAAAUCUCUCCCACCCAACUUUAUUAAAGAUAACUUAAAUAAGAUGAAUAUGCAUGAGGUCCUAUCCUUUGGCAAUCCUUUUACCUGGUGUAAUAGGCGAUUCAGAAAUCCUACUGAUCUUAUUUUUGAGAAACUUGAUAGGGCUUUUAUGAAUGAUAGAUGGGUGUCUAUUCUUUCGCAGACUAGAAUCACUAAUUUGGGUCGUAUAUAUUCUGAUCAUUGUCCGAUUUUGGUCAAAUGUUUUCAUUUUGAGAAGCACUACAAUAUUCCUUAUAGAUUUUUUAGAUGCUGGCAGCUUAAUCCUGAAUUUAAAGAUGUUUUGCAUGCUUCUUGGUCUUUUUCUGUUAAAGGAUCACCUAGUUAUAUCAUAGACAGGAAACUCAGUAAUGUUAGUCGGGAUCUGACCAAAUGGAAUAUCAACUCUUUUGGUCAUAUUAAAACCACAAUUAGUAAGCUUAAUGCUGAAUUAGAAAAGCUUCAAGCUCUGCCUUAUUCUCCACAAAUUGGUGGCUUCAUUCUUAACUUUGCCAAUCAACUUGAUUAUUGGUAUGAAAUUGAGCACUCUUUCUAUGAGCAGAAAUCUAGAAUUCAUUAUUUCACUCAAUAUGAUCGGAACACUCACUAUUUUCAUAAUUAUGUCAAACUUAGUAAUAUGUAUAAUACUAUUCAUACUAUUAGGGAUGAUCAAGGUAAUUGGUUAGAAAAUAGAGAUCAGAUUUAUGACUUGCUCACUAAACAUUUUAAGAAUUUUUUUACUUCCUCAUGUCCUAGUAUGGUUGAUAUUGAAGAUUCUCUUAAACAUGUUUCCCCAAUUAUCUCUGAUAAGGUAAAUGCUACUUUAACUGCUGUGCCGUCUCCGAAGGAAAUUUUGGAUAUUGUUGUUGCCUUAGCCCCUUGGAGUUCUCCAGGUCCUGACGGAUUCCCGGUUGGUUUAUAUAAAGAUAACUGGGACACUGUUAAGGAUGAAGUCAUUGCUCAUGUGCAAAGUUUUUUCACUAAUAGGUAUCUGCUUAAGCAUUCUAAUUAUACCUUUAUAACUUUAAUCCCUAAAAUCAAGAAUGCUUCUUUCCCACAUGACUUUAGACCCAUUAGUUUGUCGAAUUCUGUUUAUAAAAUCAUUUCCAAGAUUUUAACUAAUCGUUUAAAGCCUAUCUUAGACGGUUUGAUUUCUCCUUUUCAGUCUGCUUUUAUUGCCAAUAGGCAAAUUCAUGAUAAUAUUAUCAUUACUCAUGAAAUUCUCCAUGCUUUUAAAAAGAAAAAGAAAAAUGCCAAAAAUGGUCAUAUUGCUAUCAAGUUAGACCUUUCUAAAGCUUUCGAUAGGCUGGAAUGGUCCUUUAUUGUUGCAGUUAGGUUUUUCUGA